AUGGUGGGCCUCUUGCCUAGAUAUUUCCAGGCAGCUCAAUGUUCCCCUGGGGCAAUCCGUGUAGCGGGAGGCAAGAAGAAGCCUUUGAAGGCGCCCAAGAAGGAUUCGAUUGAGUUUGAAGAGGACAAAGAUUUCAAGCAGAAGCAAGCUCAAAUUAAGAAGGAGGAAGAAGCAGCAAGGAAGGCUCUGCUAGCAAAGGCGGCGGCUAAGAAGAAGUGA